UCUAGGCUGCAUCCGGAGGAGGCCGUACCAAAAGCACCGGCAUUUACUGCGCACAUGGAUUAAACGCUUUGUUUACGCAAAAGCCGAGUCCUAAUCCCCAGGGGAAGGAAUAUGCGACUUGCGGCGCGGAUAUUCAGGUGCCUGACCGUUUUUUGGACCCACCGACAAAAUGAAGCCGUUGGAUAUUAAGAUUGGCCAGCCUUGGAUCCUUACCGCAUCGGGGCCGUCCACGUGGCAUCCCACAGCUUGGAGGAGCGUGUCUUCGCUGUGCGGGCAGAAGAAAGAGGCUUGUUCGCUCGCCCGCGAGUAAGCUUAGUGGCUCUGCGCUGAUCCUCGUAGCGUUAAGUAAUAUAGCUAGCAGCGAGGGAGGAGGAGAGAUUCGAUCGAUGGCGUCGUCGCUGGUAAUGCUGCUGCUCAUCAUCGGCAUUGCGGCGCCGUGGUCGCCCACGGCGCUCGCGAAGACCGUGAACUCCACCCGGGUUCUCGCCAAGUUCGACCAUCUCUCCACAUUCAACAGGUAUCUGUCCGAGACGGGCGUGAUCAAGGAGGUGGACUCGCGCUCCUCCAUCACGCUCUUCAUCCCGCCCAACGCCGUGCUCGACCCGGUCAUCGCCUCCGUGGGCGCCAACAAUCUCCUCGUCAUCGCCGACAUCCUGCGCUACCACUGCGUGCUACAGUACCUGGAGAUCAAGGAGAUCCGCUCCAUGACCAAUGCCACCGGCAUUGUGCUCGCCACGCUCUACCAGACCACCGGCAAGCCCACGGGUGAGUAUGGCUUCGUCAAUGUCUCCGUCUCGCACGGCGGGCUCAUCCAUCUGGGCGUCCCCGGCGCCGCCUCCAACGCCACCGUCGUCAAGAACGUCACGCAGCACCCGUACGACAUGAGCUACAUGGAGCUGGAUCAUCCGCUCAUGCCCAUGGAUCUGGGCAUCGACCAGGGCGCCGCCCCCAGCGUCAACAAUCUCACCGCCGCGCUCAAGGCCAAGGGCAACUUCAACACCUUCCUGGGCCUCCUGGCCUCCACCGGCGUGGACAAGUCCCUCCGAUCCAUGUCCGCGGUCACGCUCCUCGCCCCCGACGAUGACGCAUUCAAGGCGCUCCCGCCCAAUGCUCUGGCGGAGCUCUCGCAGGCCCAGAAGAUCGCGCUGCUCCAGUUCCACGCCAUCGCCACGUACUUCACCAUGGGAUCGCUCCGGUCGGUGGCCACGCCGCUGCCCACCGUCGCCUCCUCCAGGAUCGGCGGCUUCGAGCUCAACGUCUCCACCGCCGGCGGCAAAGGCGUCAGCUUCGUCACUGGUCUCAACCGGGCCGACGUCACGGACACCGAGCUCGACACUCCUCCAGUCGCGGUCUACGCCGUCAAUCGCGUGCUGCUGCCUCCGGAGAUCUUCGCGCUCGCUCCCGCGGGAGCCCCGGGACCUGCAUUGUCCGUGGCUCCAUCGCUAGCUCCCGAGCUCAGUCCAGCGCCCACUCCGGGACCGAGCUCCAGCCCGAGCCCGAGCCCCAGCCCGAGCCCGAGCCCCAGCCCCGAGAGCGCUCCCAGCCCGAGCCCGGUGAUGGUUCCAGCCGCGUCGCCACCCGCGCCGCCCUCCUCUGAGACGCCGUCUUCCUCCUCCUCGGCUCCCGAGGAAGCUGCCCCAGGAAGAUCGCCAAGCGCUGCCCGAGCGAGCGUGUCGCUGGAUGGAGGUGCUCUUGUUGCCGCUGGAAUCUUGGUGUGGAGCUGGAUGUGUUUGUGAAAGUUGCCGUGCCGAUUUGUUGUUUGCUAUGUGGGUAUGGAUCGAUCACGCUCUUUUUGUUUCCAUUUCCUUUUAGAACUUUCGAUUUCAUGGUUGUGACUGAUAUGAUGGACUAGGCUCGUGCUCUUGAUGAUGGUUUUUGCUUCCUCCCUUCUAUACUUAAUAAUAACCAGGGAUGUAUGUUCACGUGACUUCAGUCUCUAGUUAUAAUCCAAGUAAAUUUCUUGA